CCGACGCGCCCCAACCCAGAAACCAUUCUCCGUUAGGUCCCAAGCCGCCCAGGUGCUUUCCCAAGAUGAGCUCAAGAAACUCGCGGCCGACAAGGCAGUCGAGUCAGUCAAGUCCGGCAUGAUCCUCGGCCUUGGAACAGGUUCAACGGCAGCUUUCGUGGUCGACAAACUAGGCCAACUCCUCCACGGCCAACUUUCCAACAUCAUAGGAAUCCCAACCUCGAAAAGAACACAAGAACAAGCUGCAUCGCUCAACAUUCCCUUAUCAACCCUGGACUCUCAUCCCCACAUUGACCUCGCCAUUGACGGCGCCGAUGAAGUCGAUCCCAACCUCGACCUGGUUAAAGGCCGAGGAGGUGCACUUUUGCGUGAGAAAAUGGUUGAAGCAGCUUCGUCUUCGUUUAUCGUCGUAGCCGAUGAUAGCAAGCUUGUUUCGGGGCUCGGAGGGAGCGGUUUAGCCAUGCCUGUUGAAGUCGUGCAAUUCUGCUGGAAAUACAAUCUGGUUAGACUCCAAGGGCUGUUUAAAGAACUGGGUUGUGAAGCAAAGUUGAGGUUAGAUGGAAGUGAAAAGCCUUAUGUGACUGAUAAUGGGAACUACAUUGUGGAUUUAUAUUUCCAGAAUCCGAUUAAAGAUGGGUUUGGAGCUGGGAAAGAGAUUUCUGCCUUGGAAGGUGUAGUGGAACAUGGGUUGUUUCUGGGGAUGGCUACCUCUGUUAUCAUUGCUGGGAAAACUGGUGUUGAGAUCAUGACCAAGUGAUUUGUAUAGGUAGAGAUCUCUGGGUAAUUUGUUGCAAAAUGUUGAAUAAUCGUGGGGGAUUUUGG